GUCAGCACAGCUCCAGCGCCGGCCCGUGAGGCUGGCGACCCGCGCCUUGACACUUCCAGCCUUUCCACGCGUAAUCUGCCGCCCAGAUUUAUUUAGGAGCCCCUCUUUCCGACCGUGAUUUUCAUGGUUAAUAGAUGAGCGCGGGACUCUGCGUCUGUAUAUAUAGAGUACGGUUUAGGUUGUCCUGUAUUUCGAACGCAGCGCCGCUAUACGAGGAGGUAGCAUGAGAUAAAUUGGGCUUGCCACACACACACACGCCGUGUACAGAAAGGAAAGUGUUCGCCCGAGAUUUGCCGAUAACUACAAGGAGAAGGAACGCACGCGCUGGGGUUGUCUUGUUCUAGGAGGAGGUGUUGAUGCACACAAGAAUGGUCCUGCUGUUGACAGUGAAGAUGCAGCGAGCUCUGAGAAGGAUUGGAACCCGUGUUCGCACUCUCUUGCUCUUCGGGGUUAUCUUUAUGGCGAUUCUAGUGUUCCAAGUGGUGACAUGGAAACCUGAGUCGGACCUCUCCGCGGUGUCCCGGAGAACUGGCGACAGCGAUGGCGGGGCAGGACGCGCAUCCCACCGCCCGGUUCACGGUGCCGUCCCGGUGAGACAAGCGAGCUCUCCCCGCGCGGAUGAUGAGGUCGUCUGGGGCGAAGGGCCUCGGGAUACAGGCAAGACCUUCUCCGCGAUAAGGAAAUCUGAACAACUUGAAAGUUUACCGCUUCAGACAAGCCCUUUAGCGAAAACAGGCGGGAAGUCGAACCUCACGAUUCUUCCUCUCAUGAACACUGUCUUCCUCCUAGGCAUGAACGUGUCGUAUAUGGGGUGUUACCAAGACAACGUGCUGCCCAACCGGCGGGCUCUACAGGACGACUUCUUCGCGGACUACCGGAGGAUGACCAUCGAGAAGUGUCUGGCACACUGUCGGAGGAAGGGACUGUACUAUGUUGGUCUGGAGUUCGGGGGAGAGUGUUACUGUGGAAAGAAUAUCCAUGCCGUCCCCACCCAUCCCCGGGAAUGUAACAUGACCUGUCCCGGACGACACACCGCACGAGUGACGUGUGGAGGUGUGGCUAGAAUAGCGAUCUAUAGAAUGGACCAAAAGGCUUUGGAGAAAAUACACAAAGAGCGGCUGAAGCAGCGAGCGAUCCCGAUUCCGACAAUUGCCGACUCCUACCGAGGGUGCUUCCGAAUGACGACAGCACCCGAACUAAUCUCGCCCUCGCCUCCCUGGCAGGACGACCGAUUGUCCCCAGUAAGAUGCGUGCAAAGAUGUACAACAAAGCUUUUCACGCUAGCGAUCAUGGGAAACUUCACCACCUGUCAGUGCGCAAACGUCACCGCGGGCUUCCGGAUCUCUAACGCCUCUGGGGACGAGAACUGCAACUACCCGUGCGCUGGGAACGAGGAGCAGAGGUGUGGAGGGCCCGGUCACGCUUCCAUCUACAGAACAAAUGUGGAGGAUGCUCGCUGCUCGCAUCAAGAGUUUAUCGUGCCGGACCACAGCCGUCCACUGGUCGCCCUGGCGAGCUUCCCCGGCUCAGGUAACACCUGGGUCCGCCACCUCAUCGAGAAGGCCACGGGGAUCUACACGGGAAGCUUCUACAACGACGGGGACCUUUAUCUGAAAGGAUUUAAAGGAGAAAGAGAGAACUGGCGGAGAGGGAACACUAUUGUGGUCAAAACACACGUCUUCGAUAAGGAGCACAUCCAGACAUUUGACGGUGCAAUACUUCUGCUAAGAAACCCUUACAGAGCCAUCCAGGCUGAACAUAACAGAAGACUUGCGGGACAUACGGGGCUAGCAGGGGCCAAAAGCUAUUGGACACAAGAAUGGGUGGGCUUUGUGAAAGGAGGUUCCCAAACCUGGGCGAACACCGCUCUGGAAUGGAUCAAACACUGCAAGAGACUAUUCGUCGUUCACUACGAAGACCUCCGAAAGGACCUGAUCGGCCAGAUCAAGAGAAUAUUACAAUUUCUGGAAGUACCCGUUUCAGAGGAGAGACUUCUGUGCGUGGAGACAGAUAAAGAUGGGAAAUUUAAACGAAGAAGACAUCUUGAUUUUGAUCCAUAUAAAGCGGAAAUGCACGAGGCCAUUGAUAUCUACAUCCGGUCUGUUGGAAUGGCGCUACAGCUGAACAACCUAACGAAAAUUCCACAGGAAUAUUUCCCAGACGAACAUGUUUAGAAUUGAGAACUUGUCGUUAUAUCAUAUCAUAGCUUAUAUGUUGAGAUGUUUAUUUGAUAAGUGGGUAUUACACUGGGCUGUGCCGGAUUGCGCAAAGCGACGUUCGCAAAGCGGCGCGAUUCGUCGCCUGAAAUUAUUUUGAUGUUUUAAACGUGCAAUUCUCAAAACGUCGAAAUUUAUGUAUUUGAAUUCCGUUAGAAAACCGUUAGAAAAUUUGUUCUUUAUCUCUGAAAUUCGUUGAGUAAUCUUUCGAACCCAGCAGUGCCGCACUGAUGCCCCAAGUGCAGUGAGAUACCACCCUUAGCAAAUGCCGGAAAGAACGCUAGAGAAAUGUCUGGUAAAAGGCAAAUCUGUACUUUCCUAGCGCAGUUUGGCGCAGCGUGGUGAGAUGACCACUUUAAAAACCAGUUUCCGAUAUCUGAAAGUUAUCUGUGUAUAUUUGACAAUCAAUAUUUUCGAUGUUAUAUCGUCGUGUUGUGUGGAUAUAAAGAGACUCAAUAUCGUAAAACGAGUCAAUCGUUGAAAUAGCCGUGUAUAAUCGCCGGACCUUGCAGCUAUAAAACUCCAGGAAACCGAUACUAAGCUCAAAGUAAUAGCAUAGGAACCCAUAAAGAUUCAAAUGAAUGUGUUAAGUUUUCAUCUAUACACAUUGGACCUGGACAGAAGGUUUUUAAUUUUCCUCAUACUA